AUGGCCGAAUCAGCCCUUCUCCCCACUGCCCAAAUGGAGCGGCUGGCCUGGGUACCCCUGGCCUCACCAUGUCCCCGGAUCCCUAGGGCCCGCAUCGCCCGGAGGCACUGUGCCCAGUGCUGGGCCAACCUGGGCUGCAGCUCUGACCCCUCCUCUGGUCGAACGAGUCAACUUCCACAGAAGAAUCCCCUUCGGCCGCGCCCUGCUGGCCGUUCCCCGCAGUCCUCUGCGGAGAGCUUGUCCCUGGACGGCUUUUGGAUGGAGGUGGAGUGGAUUCAGCAGCGGGAUGAGCUGAGGGAGGAGGACAGCAGCAUGGUUGACAGCCAGCCCCCAGAGGGAGAAGCUGAAUCCCAGUGGCUGCAGGACACAGGCCUGUCAGGUCUCCUCGGUGGCCCAGGCUUGGGCAGUGAUCACCCGGAGCUCCUGUCCACCCUGACACAGACCCAGGUGGCCGCUGUGUGCCGCCGGGUGGACAUUUAUACCUGCUCAGCCCGAAGACGACACAAGGCUCCCAUCAGAGAUGUCAGGGACAUCUUUGGGGUCUUCAAUUCAGGAGAAGCGUCUUCAGAGAAUGGAGAAUCAGGUAUGAAAUGGACCCAGCUCAGCUGCGGGGCUUCUAAAUCUCUUCUAGCAGCAGAGCCCGGGAGGCCUCAGGAGCAGGCUGGGCAGGAGGAAUCCUUCAACAUGGACUCUGCCUACUCAGAACAAGCUGCAGCCCUUCUGCAGAGGGCCAGGCCAUCCCUGGGAGGCACCUGUGCCUGGGGCAAGGGUUCCCUGCCGAAGUUCAGAAUCCACAAAGGCAGACUUGGCGUGACGAGGAUAGGAGACUUGUCCCUGCAGGAUAUGAAGAAGGUCCCUCCGCUGGCCCUCAUAGAGCUGACCGCUCUCUGCGACGUCCUGGGCUUGGACCUGAAGAGGAACAAGGCUGGGAAGUGGAAGGCAGCAGAAACUCGCCUCUUUGGUGUGCCCCUUGACAGUCUGCUGGAAGCUGACCACAAAGUCCUCCCCAGCGCACGGGUCCCACUGGUCCUUCAAGCUCUGCUGUCUUGUUUGGAAAAGAAGGGGCUGGAUGUGGAAGGCAUCCUCCGGGUGCCUGGAUCCCAGGCCAGGGUCAAGGGGCUUGAGCAGAAGCUGGAGAGAGACUUCUACACCGGCCUUUUCAGCUGGGACGAGGUUCAUCACAACGAUGCCUCCGAUUUGCUCAAAAGAUUCAUCCGGAAGCUGCCGACGCCUCUGCUCACCGCUGAGUACCUCCCGGCCUUCGCUGUGGUGCCCAACAUCCCCGACCUGAAGCAGCGUCUACAGGCUCUCCACCUGCUCAUCCUCCUCCUCCCGGAACCCAACAGAAAUGUCUUGAAGGCACUCCUGGAAUUCCUCAGGAAGGUGGUGGCCCGGGAACAGCACAACAAGAUGACUUUAUGGAACGUUUCCUCAGUAAUGGCCCCUAAUCUCUUCCUGCACCAAGGGCGGCACCCUAAAAUCCCCAAGGGUCAGGAGAAGCAGCUGGCAGAGGGGGCAGCCGAGGUGGUGCAGAUGCUGGUGCACUACCAGGACCUGCUGUGGACGGUCGCCUCUUUCUUGGUAGCCCAGGUGCGAAAACUGAACGACAGCCGCAGCCGGCGCCCCCAGCUCUGCGAUGGGGGCCUCAAGACUUGGCUGCGGAGGAUACACGCAGACAGGGACAAGACCGGGGACCACCCGGAGGCGACUCUCAAGGUGGCAAAGAUCCAGGUGGCCUGGCCUACCAAGGACCCCCUGAAGGUGCCUCUGACACCUAGCACCAGAGUGGCCCACGUCCUCCUACAGUUCACAGAGCGCCUAGCCCCAGGUUCAAAGGGUCAAGAGGACAGAGAGGAUGCAGACAGCCUCCUCCCACGCUACAGGUUCAUGGAGUCAGCCAACUUCCUCUAUGAAGUCGGAGGAAAUAUAAGUGAACAUCGCCUGGACCCGGAUGCCUACCUCUUAGAUCUGUACCGCGCCAAUCCCCACGGCGAGUGGGUCAUUAAACAGAGCCCCACCUAA